AUGUUCCUUCGACGAUCCUCAGCCUUUUGCCAAAUAUUCUAUCUGUACAUCGUUUUCGCUGCUCUCCUCGGUGUGUCUCUGGUAACCAGUAGUCCCUUGGUCGCUGUGCCUCAUUUGCUUGAACGGAGUGGGGGAGAUCAACCCAAAAUUACACGUCCACGUCAGGAGAUGAAGCAACACUUCUUGUCAGCUGCAGCCCUGAUACGUAGUUUUACAGAAACCUCCAAAAAUGGUGAUCUGGUCAUCAGGCUUGGAUGCAGAGAACCAGGUCAAGAGGAAAAAUACAUGGUCGCAAACGUUAGAAUCAUGAGUCUCCUUAAAAAAGACCUAAAAUUCACCAUUUUCUUUGGCACCAUCGUUGGCUUCAGCGCUUCCAACGUGACCGUUCCCGGCGACUCGCACUCUAAAAAGGUCAUUGUUGAACAGUCAGACAUUCCGCGCUCUGAUGUCUCCGAAACUGCGCAAAGUCACCACACUCCGAGAAUCGACCAGGGUCGCUUGAUCAAAUUGGGUCCGGGCCGGGAUUCAAGCCUUGUAGCUCACUUCGACCGCAACAAUGCCGCGAAGAAACAAUUGGUCAAUACGUUUGGUGACGCUGACAAGUUGCUCUCGCACACCCAGGCCAUGUUCCUCGAAGAGUACGGGUUCUCAUGGGCUCAUAUUUUGGUUAUCAAUGAUGACCUGGACUAUAUCACUGUUGCCCUGAUUUGCAUGCAAAUGAUGAAGGGCCCAGAGGGACAAGUAUUGGCUCAGGGUGUUUUGGGGGAAUGGCUCAAAAUAUACCUGGCCAUGAAAGCUCUGAGGGGAUCAGAUAGCAGUCAAUAUGUUAUGGCUGUAGAAUGGUUGCUUGAAGGUAAAUAUCAUCAUGUAGCAGAGUCUGAACAGACUCCAACACAGUAG